AUGCUCAGACUUUACACACCCGCGAACGAAGUGUCGGACCUGAACGUUGCCCAGGAAUUUCCCACCGUACUCCCAUUCCCACCUAUGCACUACCGCCCCAGUAGCGCAGAUGCUCGCCAGCUACUACCACAGAGCCUCUCCGAUAGUCUAUCUAGCACUGUCAACAACGCACUCCUAGAAGCCGCCGCUACCGAUCUUAGCAAAAGUGGCAAUCGCCUCGUACUUGACGACAGCAUUUCGAAAGAGAUCGGUCCUGUCAUAGCAAACACGCUUAGUUCUGGAGGGCUCUUGAGAGUCUCCAGUUACGAUGGCGUCAGGGCGCGACCGGACUAUAUCCAUCCCUCUUGGGAAGAUCAGUUCCAAGACAUCGAACGUUCUCUUUUAGAGAGAAUUGAGCAUGCUGAUAUCGAUGAUGACGACGAAUGCAUGGGCGACGAAAGCUCGCAAUCCAGGCGGUGCGUUCCGCCCAACCAACCCCAAUUGACUCAAGAUGACUUGAAGGUUGCCAUGUUAAGGAUCCAGAAGAUUGUGAUCAACGCACCACCCAUCCGAGUAAAUGAUGCCAGAGUAUAUGGCAUGCAAAACUUCACUGGAUGUCCAGAGCAAUCGUUCACUGCCCAUAUCGACAACGAUAUUCCGCCCCCAGUCCUUUCGUAUUUGGGCGAUCUGGACGACUCUCAGAUACUGAAAAAGGCUCCAGGGUCGUUCAAGCGAUACAAUCUAGCUCUGAGAUUUGAUCUCACCUUUUUUGCCGCUGAACCGUGCAUGACGGGCGUAUGA